AUGUCUGGGACCAAUAGCUCCAGCCUGACACCAGGAACCUUCAUCUUGAAUGGUGUUCCUGGGUUGGAAGAAGCACACAUUUGGAUCUCGCUGCCAUUCUGUCUCCUGUAUACUACUGCUGUUGUGGGGAACUGUGGGCUCAUCUACCUCAUCGGCCAUGAGGAGGCCCUGCACCAGGCUAUGUACUACUUCCUGGCCCUGCUCUCCUUCACCGAUGUCACCUUGUGCACCACCACUGUACCAAAAAUGCUGUGCAUAUUCUGGCUCAACCUCAAGGAGAUCAACUUUCAUGCCCGUCUGGCCCAGAUGUUCUUUGUCCAUAUGUUGACUGGGAUGGAGUCUGGGGUGCUCAUGUUAAUGGCCUUGGAUCGCUAUGUGGCCAUCUGCUACCCUCUUCGAUAUUCUACCAUCCUGACCAACCCCGUCAUUGCUAAAGCUGGACUUGCCACUUUCUUGAGGAGCGUGAUGCUCAUCACCCCAUUCCCUUUCCUCACUAGGCGCCUGCCUUACUGCCAGGGAAACUUCAUUCCCCACACCUACUGUGACCACAUGUCUGUGGCCAAGGUAUCCUGUGGCAACGUGAACGUCAAUGCUGUUUAUGGGCUGAUGGUUGCUCUCCUCAUUGGGGUGUUUGACAUUUGCUGUAUCUCUGUGUCUUACACUAUGAUCUUGCGAGCAGUAGUGAGCCUGUCUUCAGCAGAUGCUCGCCACAAAGCCUUCAGCACCUGCACAGCUCAUAUCUGUGCCAUCAUAAUCACCUACGUCCCCGCUUUUUUCACUUUUUUCACGCAUCGUUUUGGAGGACACAAUAUACCCCAACACCUACACAUUAUUGUGGCCAACCUGUAUCUGAUACUGCCUCCCACUAUGAACCCAAUUAUUUACGGAGUCAAGACCAAGCAGAUUCGGGAAGGUGUAAUCAAGUUUUUACUUGGAGACAAAGCUGGCUUUAUUAAAACACAUUAA